AACACCUCUUAUGUUCCAAUCUACUGACAAAAAUCUCUUUCACUUUCAUCUUCCCCUUUUUUGGCAAUCUGAUCACUGGCACUCACUGCCAUUGCUUUUAGCAAUCUAAGAUCUAUUGCAAAAUUACCCCCUUUUUUCUGUUCAAUUUCAUGCUUUUUAUGUGUUUUUCUUCAAGAUGCAUGAGCACAUUUGUUGUUGUUCUUGUUUAGUUUCAUUGUUCUUGUAGUGCAACUAAUUGUUUUGCAUUGCUGAUGAUUUUUGUUGUUGAUUUGGUUCCAUUGUUUGUGCUUUUGUUUAUACUGUGAGAUUCAAGAAGAUUGGUGAUGUCUUGUAGUUCUUCAAACCCUCCUAGCCAUUGCUCAGCUGCUUCACCUGAGCUAAAGCUUUACCAAACCUUCAUCUUUUCAGUUCCAGUUUUCUUUACAUUUAUACUUCUUUUCUUGUUCUAUUUGUUCUAUUUGAGAAGAAGGAGAGCAAACUGGCAGUCUCUGAGGAUGAGAGCUUCAUACUUGAGCAGAGCAGAUGCUCCAAGAAUCUCAGAGCCAGGCAUCAAGAAGGAAGUCAGGGAAAUGCUUCCGAUUGUCGUGUUCAAAGAAAGCUUCUUGAUUAGAGAAACACAAUGUUCUGUCUGCUUAAACGACUACCAAUCAGAUGAACAGCUUCAGAGAAUACCUCAUUGUGGGCAUACCUUUCACGUGGAUUGCAUCGAUCAUUGGCUCACCGCGAAUACCACGUGUCCCCUUUGUCGAGUCUCUCUUCUUCCAGAAAACAAAACAAAAGCCGACCUCACAAACAAUGAAGGACAAAUCAAUGCGGUGACAGAAACCGAACAACAAUCCUCCGAAAGACACAUAAACGACAGAGUUCUGCAAGACAACCAAGUUGGCUCUGUAUCAAUAAGAAGAGAAGUCUCCGAGUCAGUUGUUAUUGAUGUUGAAACCAGUGAUGCUGCUGAGGUGAACCAAAGAGUGUAAACAAUCAGUUACCAAUUGUAAAUUCUUUAGUGUCAUGACUUGCAAAUGACUUGGUUUACUUCCAUCUAUCGGCAACAGCUCUAUAUCAUGUAUUGCUCGAAAUACUAGUGUCGAGUGUCGUGUAUGUAAAUAAGACCAUGUUUGUCUGAUUUUUUUACUUUGCGAGGCGAUUUUCUAUGUAUAAACAGGUGUGAAACUGCAAGAAAUGUCAAUACAAAGACUGUAUCAAACCUGCAUUAUGCACGACAACGAUAUAUUGAAUUUUCUUAUC